CUUCCGAGCUCGUCCGGAGCCACCGGGAGUCGACAAUGAAGGUUUUCGUGGUAACCGCCUUGCUGGCCUUGUCAGUUCACGCCCGCCCUGAAGCGGGCUACUCGUACAGCCCUCCGUCCUCGUCGUACGGAGCACCCUCAGGAGGUGGUGGAGGCGGCGGCUUCGGAGGUGGCCACGGAGGAGGCUUCGGAGGCGGUGGUGGCCAUGGAGGCGGCUUCGGAGGAGGCGGCGGUGGCGGCUUCGGAGGAGGCCACGGAGGUGGAUUCGGAGGAGGCCUGGGCGGCGGCGGAGGCCUAGGCGGCGGCGGAGGCUUCGGCGGCGGCGGUGGUUUCGGCGGCGGCGGCGGCUUCGGAGGCGGCGGUGGUUUCGGAGGCGGCGGUGGCUUCGGAGGCGGCGGAGGUUUCGGAGGCGGCGGUGGUUUCGGAGGCGGCGGCGGUGGCGGCGGCGGAGGCGGUGUGCAGAUCCACAAACACAUCUACGUCCAUGUUCCACCUCCAGAACCCGAAUUCGUCCGACCAGCACGCCCGAUCCCCGCGCCCUCUGCUCCUCAAAAGCACUAUAAGAUCAUUUUCAUCAAGGCCCCAACUCCACCCACUCCGACCGCUCCCAUCAUUCCUCAAAUCCCACAAGACGAGCAGAAGACUCUCAUCUACGUUUUGAAGCGCCAGAAAUCUCCAUCCCAACACCAGCGCCCACAGCGCCAUCCAAACCCGAAGUCUACUUCAUCCGCUACAAGACCCAGAAAGAAGCUGGAGGCGGUGGCGGUAUCGGAGGCGGCAUUGGUGGAGGCAUCGGAGGAGGCAUCGGCGGUGGACUCGGCGGCGGACUCGGCGGUGGAAUCGGUGGCGGCCUUGGAGGCGGCAUCGGCGGAGGCAUCGGCGGAGGCAUCGGAGGAGGCAUCGGCGGGGGCAUCGGCGGUGGCCACGGUGGCGGUGGCGGCGGCGGUCACGGCGGUGGCCACGGUGGAGGCAUCAGCGGACCCUCGGGUCCGUCCUCCAGCUACGGCGCCCCUCCAUCCUCCAGCGGAGGCCCGUACUAAUGCGUCCCGCCAUCGACCCGGCCGGGCGUUAGCCAGUACCUGCGCGAGCGCGCGUCUUCGGAGUCUCAGCCGCCGCCUACAACUCCUGAUAGCCGAAGGCGCCACCCCGACGGAUCGUGGCUGCAUCGCGCUCCACUCCAUCUUACGUUUACCGGGGUUUCUUCCCUACAACAUCUCAAGUGUUGUAUACUAUAGUUCAGUCUCGAAUGGUAAUAUUCUCUGA